AUGUAUUACGAUCCUCUAGUAGCUCUUGUUAAUAUAUCUCCUGUAGAAAAAUUAAGUGAAGAAAAUGCAAAAAAAAAGUCAAGAUGGGAAAAUAAUCUGUCAAAUAAUAAUAUAGAAAAUAAAAUGAUACCAAGUAAGUGGGGUUCUGAAGACUACAAACCUUACUUACCACUUCCUUUUGUAGAUUUCCCACCAGGGUUAACUCCUUCUCAGUUAGAUCAAUUUUUAAGAGAACAGAGAUAUGAUGAAUUGACCAAAAAGUUGAAUAAAGGAGAGUUAGAAUACGUAGAUCCAGACAUAAGGCCACCGUCUCCACCUCCCAUUUAUGAUAAAAAUGGAAGUAGAAUAAAUACAAGAGAAGCAAGAAUUAAAAAUAGUAUGAUUGAAGAACACCAUAGGUUAGUAGAAUACUUAUUAAAGCAUGUAGAAGGCUUUGUUGCUCCACCCAAUUAUAAGCCAAUAAAAAAAAUUAGAAAAAUAGAAAUACCAAUAGAUAAAUAUCCUGAAUAUAAUUUUAUGGGAUUAAUUAUUGGCCCUAGGGGUUGUAAUCAUAAAAGAUUAGAAGCGGAAAGUGGAGCUCAAAUUAGUAUAAGAGGUAAGGGAACACAGAAAGAAGGAAAAAAGACAGAUCAUCAAACAGAAAUAGAAGCUAAUAUGCCUAAACACGUUCAUAUAUCAGCUGAUAGUGAGGAAUGUGUUGAAAAGGCUGUAAGUUUAAUUACACCAUUAUUAGAUCCUUUUCAUCCUUUACAUGAAGAAUAUAAAAGAAAAGGAUUAGAACAACUAGCACUAGUUAAUGGAAUAAAUUUAAAUCAAUUAGAUACUCAAAGAUGUUCUAUUUGCAACUCUAUGACCCAUUUAACUUUUGAAUGCCCAGAAAACAUGAAUUUACAAAAUUUUAAAAAACCGGAAAUUAAAUGUAACUUAUGUGGAGAUCAUGGCCAUAUUACUCUUGAUUGUAAAUUAGCUAAGCAAAAAAAUUACAUAAAAAAUGACAUUGAUAAUCCUAAUAACAUUCCAACACCACCUUAUAAUAAUAUGCCACCUCCUCCUUUCGAUCAAAUGAAAAAUCAACAAUUUAAUCCAACCAAUAAAUUUGAUAAAAUUAAAAUGGAUUUAGAAUACCAAAAAAUGAUGAACGAAAUAAGUACUGAUAAAAAUAAUAAUAAUCAACAAAAUGAUGAAUUAAGUAAAAAAUCAAACGAUAAUAUAUUUAAUAAUAAUAAUGUUGCUGAUGAUUUUAUGAAACCACCAAAUAGUUUUAAUAACUUAAAUGAAAUAAAUAAUAGUUUUAAUGAAUCUACAACAAAUUUUGUUGAUAUAAAUAAUAAAUUUCAAAAUAGUUUACAAAAUAAUAGUAAAAGUUUCAAUAAUAUGAUGUCUCCAGUAAAUAAUAAAAAUAUAAAUAAUCCUAAUUUUAUUCCAAUUUCUCAAAAUAAUUCUUUUAUUGAUGAAAAAAGAAAUAGUAAUUCACCAAAUUAUUUUGAUCCUCAUUUAAAUAAUAGAAAUCCUCCUAUAAGAAAUUCUAACGGGAAAAAUUUUAAUACAAUGAUGAACUUCCCAAAUAUAAAUAAUAUGCCAUUAAAUCCUCCUUUACCAAUAUUACCCAAUUUUUUUAAUUUCCCAUUUAUAAAUAAUAGAAUGGUUCAAAAUAAUUCAAUGCCAUUCCCAAAUAAUCAGCAAAUGCCUAUAGAUCCGUUGUAUAUGCAAAAUUUUCAAAAUUGGCCACAAAUGCCUAUGAAUUAUUCAGAUGAUACAUUAAUUCAUGCACCUGCUCCUGAAACGAAUCCUCCUCCUCUUCCAUCAGAAAAUAUUAAUAUAAAUAAUCAGGAUAAUGCAAACAAUACAUAA